AUGGAGGAUACUACUUCUGCUGAUGUAUGGUCAAGGAUUGAUAAUACUGCUGAAUGGCCACACUUUAUUAUAGGGGAAUUGAUUAAUCUAGCAUUAAAUUGUAUUAAUGUUGAUCUUAAUAAGAGGCCACCCUUCUCACAAAUAACUCAAGUAUUAGAUAAGAUAUUGGAAAUAGAGGAUUGGACUAAUGCUGAGACUACACGUCUUAUUAUCAAUCAACCUAAUACCAUCAACAACAUCAAGAAUGACCUUGAUCAUCUUUCUCCAUCAACUAUAGGAUCGGAUAAUGUUGUUGUUGCUGCUCACUUUGGACCUAAUUGGGAUACUCUGGUACUAGAGGAUCGUCAUCAUCAGGAGUCCGCACUACAGGGACAUUAUCAUGAUGGAGAACAUAACGAUCAGGAUGAUGAUGAAGAAGAAGACAGUGAUGAUGACGAUAGCCCUCUCCUUCUUAUUGCCGCUGAAUCGGUCAUUGAGUGUAUUAAGGAUACGAAUGCUCAUGGACUGUGUAUUAAUAACUUUGCUUACUGUUAUUGGGGGAUUAGUAUCCUUAAAUUAGACUACACUAUCAUAGCAACCACUGAGAUAGCGAUACAGAUAUUACUCCUACGUGACCUCUUCUAUCUAGCUUCCUUUACUACUGGCUUUAAAGGUACCUUCCUAGCCAUUGUGGGUAUUAUUGAUAGACUUGGUGAUCCUGUAUUAAAUGAAUUAGAGCAAUCAGAGAGUGAUGAUGAUAAUGACGAUGAUGAUGAGAUCGGCCUCAUUAUGGCGUAUGGCAAGGUUAUUCAGUGA